UCAGAUAGCCUCCACCACUGCUCCUAACAGAUACCCUCUUAUCUCCAGAAAGCAGAUGGAUUUCCUUCGUGUCAAAUGCGCCAUAACUGAGCAGUGUUAUUGGUGCAUUCCUCAAACUGACGCGGUUCUCUAUCGACCGUGUGAUUAUUCUGAGCGAGUCACAGAACCGGGGGAAACCUGGAGGUCAGGAGGACUUUGGAAAUGCUCUUAGCUCAAAGGAACAUUGAACACAUAAUGAGAUGUUAAGGAUGAUUGGCAGCACGAGUGGUAACGUCCUAGUUGGCCCGACUCUAAGAGGAUGCCCCCUGGUUUAAUCCUAGCUGCCUUCCUCCUCUGGGCCACAUCAAGGGCACAUCCUAUCGGUCGACCGUGUUUAUAUUCAGUCCUCCAGUCUGCUGGUCUGCAGGUGAACUGCAGUUCUUCAGGCCUCGUGGAGCUGCCUCCGCUGGCCUCACACACCACAGAGCUCCACGUGCAGGACAAUCGGCUCACCUCAGUGUCUCCGGGCCUGUUUGACGGACUGGUCGGUCUGAAAAAGGUCUCACUGUCUGGGAACCCCUUCCACUGUGACUGCAGGAUCCAGUACCUGAGGAGCUGGCUGCUGAGGAACAGAGCUGUCGUAUCCGAGCAGCCCACUUGUGCCAGUCCAAGCUCCGUGGCCCAGAAGGCCAUCGCUGACCUCACAGAUGAGUACUUCUCGUCCUGCGGCCGGCCGAGCUGCACCGGUGGGACCUACAGCACAGCGAUGGGAGCGAUGCUGUGCUGCAUCAUCGCUCUGCUGCUGUGGAGCUUGAGACUGGCCAAAUCGUCCACCUUCACUCUGUGCAUAGGCGACAGGCACGUGGGGCUCGAGGCCGACUCUCUGCGCUCACUGAAGCCCAAACACAGAAGGCGUUUGCACACCACACUGCCAGGAGUCAGUGCGGACUUGACUUCUUUCACUUGUACACAGGAACUAGAAAGGCCUCUUAUCAGCAUGGAGCUACUGCCACAAGUACUGGAUACGUUGCACAAGAAGCACAAAAUAAAGAUAAAGGCGACCUGAGCGACCUCUGCCUCUUCCAGGAAUUAGGUAUUUAAAAUAAACACUACAUAUGAUAGAGCGGAGGCCAGUAACAAGGCAGCAAAAUGAAUCUGUUUCAUUUGUUUUAUUUUUGGCAGUAAACUUGUGUUGCUGCUAAACCUUACAGUGUAACUUGGAAUUGUGUAUUCUUAGUAUUUAAACUAAUUUAGGCCUGAAAUGCACCACAUAAAUGUAUCAUAAAAUGUAUCUAUGAACUAUUAUGACUUCUUAUUGUGUCGGGAAUGAAUGAGACCUAACCCGUCCUACAGGUUGUGGAUAAUUCCUGAAUGAAAAAAGAAAAAGCACAAACUGUUGUGUAACCGUUCCUCACAUUUUCUUUAGUUAAGGUAUUAACAAUGAGGGACAGCAAAAGAUUUUGAUCGUCAUUGUACUUCUGGGAUUUAAUUUUCUACUUGCUAAUAAACGGGUUAUGGCAGGAAAUAUAUGGACACACUCAACAACGAUGAACGUCUCUGGUCUGUGCAAAUACUGGUCAACGCUCCCACAGCUAGACAUAAUGCAGACAGACAGUGCUCUUAAGAGGACAAUAUUGCACAUCGAACAGCUGCAAUUACAGUACAAGUAUUACCGUUAUAUUCAUGCAUAGACUUCCCAGGUUAAAUGGAUAAAUGACUUCAAAUGAAAUGAUAAAAAACAAAAUGUUAGAAUCUCAAUAUGCUUCAUAAAAACACUUGCAAUAAAUAUAGGAUGAUUUCA